AUAAGGCCGCCUGGCUGGAACAGGAGCCAGUAGCGACCAUGGCGUCCCAGCGGCUCUUCAGCGUCUUGGCGGUGGCCGUAAUGGGGGUUGUCUCCCGAGCGGCGCCUCCUCCGUUCAACGUCUCACUUAUCCAGCCUCGUGUCAACUUCGACGACACGUGUAAGUGUGGGCAGAAGGCCGCCUCCAGGAUCGUGGGCGGGACGACCACGGGCGUGAACGAGUGGCCGUGGCAAGCAGCGCUGAUGUACGGUUCGCAGCAGUUCUGCGGCGGAUCCCUGAUCAACGACCGAUACGUCCUGACCGCCGCCCACUGCACCGAUGGCAUGAGAGCGUCUGAGGUGAGCAUCCGUCUGGCCGAACACAGGCUGAGCACUUCCUCAGAGAGCAGUGUCGUUAGCCGGUCCGUGUCUAAGAUCAUCGAGCAUCCGAACUAUCAACCAGGUGAUGAGAUUAAUGACAUCGCUCUCGUUAAAUUGUCAUCGCCGGUCAAGGUGAGCGACACAGUGUUGCCAGUGUGCAUGCCGCCACCCAAACCCAAAUACGGCGGCAGGACCGCCACUGUCACAGGUUGGGGAACCACCAGCUCCGGAGGCUCGUCUUCAGACACUCUGAGGGAAGUCGACGUCACGGUGUUGUCCAACAGCGCGUGUCGGUCCGACAGUUAUGGAAGGGCCAUCAAGGAUACCAUGCUGUGCGCCGGAAGUGUAGGCAAGGACUCGUGCCAGGGAGACUCCGGCGGCCCUCUGGUGUUCAAGGACAGACGUGGAAACUAUGACCAGAUCGGCGUGGUGAGCUGGGGCUACGGCUGCGGAGACGAAGGUUUUCCUGGUGUGUACACCCGCGUCAACAGCUACCUCGACUGGAUCAAGACCAACACAGCCGAUGGCGUUUACUGCAAAGGAAUGCGUCUUUAGCUCUGCCACUCCUGCU